GCCUUGGAAGCAUUACUUUUUAUUCUGAUUGUAUUGUGAAUAAUAAUAUGCAGUGCUUUAAUUUAAUCAUACAAAUAUCAGCCAACAGAUGCAGCAGAUGUAAAGCAUAAUUAGUAAAAUAACAUUGUCAUAAAUAUGUUCCUAUUAGAACUCAAGACUAAACUACUCGUAUAACAUGGUACAUUUUACUAUAGAAAAAUUGGUUAAAGUCUGUGACAAGAUGUCGUCUUGGGAAAGAUUCGUUAUCUUUCUUUCUGAGUUUGCAGGUACUGGUACGUUUGUUCUUCUAGGAUGCUUAGGAUGUUUAAGUGGAAAUCCUGGAAUAAUAACUUUCGGUUUUGGAUUUGCUAUUAUGAUUUGUGUACAGGUAUUUGGUCAUAUUUCUGGAGCACAUGUUAAUCCAGCUGUAACUACAGCUGCUGCUAUUUUUGGCAAAGUUUCGUUAAUUAAUGUACCAAUUUAUAUUGUUGGUCAAAUAUUUGGUGCAAUAUGUGGCUUUGAACUUCUUAAAGUAUUAAUAAAAAAUCAUCAAAAUGAUGCACCAAAUUUAUGUUCACCUGAUCCAAACCACAACCUUAAUUCUGUUCAAAUAUUUUUGUCAGAGUUUUUACUCACUUUAGUUUUAAUAUGGGUAUGUUGCGGUAUUUGGGAUGCUCGAAAUAAAAACAAAAGCGAUUCUGUACCUUUACGGCUUGGACUUGCUGUGACUGGACUUGCAAUGGCUGGACUGACUCUUAGCGGUGGUCAUAUGAAUCCCGCCAGAAGUUUUGGACCAGCGUUAUUGAAUAAUACUUGGGAUUAUCAAUGGGUAUACUGGGCAGGACCACUUCUUGCAGGAGUUGUUGGACCGUUGAUUUACAAGAUUAUGUUUUUACAGAUUAAUGAAGAUGCUAAAGGAUGUUCGGAAGAUAUUCCUUAACUUACAAAGACAUAACUAUCUUUUUUAUUAAAAACAAAACAAAGUUAUCAAACCUCUGGUAAACAAUCGAAUUCAAAAAAAUGCCGUGUUGAAUGUUUUAUAGUUAUAUAUAGAAAAUAUUAUACCGUAAUAUGAAAAUAUACAUAUAUU